UCGAAAAAGAUAAUAGAAUGAAAAAUGACAAUGAGUGACAACAGCUUUUUUAUUAUAUUUCUCCGUCCACUCCACACCUCUCUCCCCUCUUCCCUCACUCCCAUACCCUCCUUCCCCCUUCCUCCUUCCCUCUCCUCUCUAUCUCGCUCGGCUUCAAUUGCUUUCUGUUUGACUACAUCACCUCACGCCUACAACAGCCAGCGCCAAUGAUCGUUCCUCGUAUCAACCUCGCUGCGGACUCGUACGCCGAGGACCUGAAGGCCUUCAGCCUUCUGCCCAACCAGAUCCUCGUCGUACCCACCCCCGACGAUUCUCGUCUCCAGGCUGCGCUCAAGGACCAGCACAAGGAUGCCUACUGGAUCCAGCCCCAAGCCUUUGAUCCCCAGGACCCUCUGGCCCAGAUCCACACACUCUUGGACGCCGGUGCCGACAAGGUCAUCCUCCCCUUCACUGCCUUUGUCUCCGGAGGCAUCGACUCGUUCACUCACAUUCCUCAGGAGCGUCUGGCUGUUGUUUUGAGCCCUGCACACUUUACCAGUAUCGAGGAACGUCUCCUCACCACCGUCUCUGCCUUCGUCCUGGAUGUUGCUGACACCUCGGCCGAGACCCUGGAAGCGAUCAAGUCCGUUGCGCAGGUCGUCCAGAAGGGUGGACUGUUGCCCCGUGGGGGUGUUAAGAGGAUCGUUGCUUCGUUUUCUGGAAAGGGCCCUAACAACACACCUGGAUUGCUUGCCAUCUCAGAACUCGGUCGCAUUGGUGUCGAUACUCUGCUCGAGAGUGAGAGCCUGUCGACGGAUCAUCAGGACGGCAAACUGAACAUUGGAGAGGCUUUUAUGGCGACCGUAGCCUCAGAUCGUCCGGAUGGGUUGUUCCCAACUGUUGUGGUGGAUGAGCAAGGAGUCUCUCUGGGAUUGGUCUACUCGUCCUUGGAGAGCGUGGUCGAGUCGUUCCGCACGCGCCAGGGAGUUUACUUCUCGAGGUCGCGUGGACUCUGGCACAAGGGUGCCUCUUCAGGAUCGACCCAGGAUCUGAUUAAGGUCCAUGUCGACUGCGACAGCGAUGCGCUUCAGUUCACGGUGCACCAGCACGGCACCGGUUUCUGCCACAACAACAUUCGCGGAUGCUUCGGUCCCUCGAGCGGAAUCGCUCACCUCAACCAGACUUUGCAGAGCCGCAAGACUUCAGCCCCUGCUGGCUCCUACACCCAGCGCCUUUUCAAGGAUAGCAACCUUGUCCAAUCUAAGAUCAUGGAGGAGGCCGAGGAGCUGUGCGAGGCCAAGACUCCCGAGGAUAUUGCCUGGGAAACUGCCGACUUGAUCUACUUUGCCCUAGUUAAGUGUGUGGCCAAUGGCGUCACCCUGCGCGAUGUCGAGCAGCAGCUCGAGAACAGAUCUCGCAAAAUUACGCGCCGACCAGGUCAUGCCAAGCCCAAGUGGGAUGUCAGUGCCAAGGAAGCCGCCUCCGCUGCCACCACGGCUCCAACUGCUACUGCAGCACCUGCACCUGGCGCCCCCGCUCCCUCCGCCACUCAGAACGAAAAAUCGGCUCGCAUUGCCAUGAAGUCGUACAAGAUGAACGCUCUCUCUGCUGAGCAGCAGCGCAAGCUGCUACUUCGCCCUAUUAUCCAGUCCGACGAUAUUAUGGCCCGCGUCAAGCCUAUUGUCGAGGGUGUGCGCGAACGUGGUGACGCUGCUUUGAUCGAAUUGACGGCGAAGUUCGAUGGCGUCCAGUUGGACAAGACUGUGAUUUCGGCUCCCUUCACUCCUGAAUCCAUGGUCCUAGACGAGCAAACACGGUUGGCGAUUGAUCAGGCGUACGAUAACAUCUACAAGUUCCACAAAGCGCAGUUGCAGGAUAAGGCUCUUGUGGUCGAGACGAUGCCUGGCGUGGUCUGCACGCGGUUCGCUCGUCCGAUUGAACGUGUAGGAUUGUAUGUUCCUGGAGGCACGGCUGUCCUGCCCUCGACGGCACUCAUGUUGGGUAUUCCCGCUGCAGUCGCUGGAUGCAGUGAGAUUGUGAUUGCAACACCGCCUCGCAAGGAUGGAAGUAUUGUUCCUGAGGUGAUGUAUGUGGCCCACAAGGUUGGAGCGUCCAAGGUCUUAAUAGCUGGAGGCGCUCAGGCGGUCGCUGCUAUGGCAUACGGAACGGAGACUUGCCCUAAGGUGGACAAGAUCUGUGGUCCCGGAAACCAAUACGUAACAGCCGCCAAGAUGUUGACACAAAUUGAUAGCUCAUCCCUUGUAUCUAUUGAUAUGCCUGCAGGACCUUCAGAGCUUCUUGUCAUUGCUGAUAUGACCUCCAUCCCCGCAUAUGUCGCCUCGGACUUGCUCUCCCAGGCCGAGCAUGGAACAGAUUCACAGGUUGUGUUGAUUGCAGUCGGAUUGACCCUCGAGCACCUCACAGCGAUCGAAGAUGAAGUCCACGAACAGGCCAGCCGGUUGCCCAGAGUCGAGAUUGUCCGCGAGUCGAUCCCCAAGAGCUAUAUCAUCGAGGUCGAGACGAUGGAGCAGGCUAUGAGGUUCUCGAACGAGUACGCGCCCGAGCAUUUGAUCUUGCACUUGGAACAGGCUGAGAAGCACGUCGAGCAAGUCAACAAUGCCGGAAGUGUCUUUGUCGGACACUUCUCGCCCGAGAGCUGUGGAGACUAUGCUUCGGGAACGAACCACACAUUGCCAACAUAUGGAUAUGCACGCAUGUACUCUGGUGUCAACACGGACACGUUCCUGAAACACAUCACGUCGCAGCAGCUUACACGCGAUGGUUUGGAUGCCAUUGGCGACACUGUGAUGCGUCUGGCUGAAAUCGAGGGCUUGGAGGCGCACAGAAAUGCGGUCGCUGUCCGUAUCAACGAUAUUCGUCGCAAAUAAGAUAGAUAGAAAGAGAGCGAUAUGAAUAUACAACAAGCGAUCAGAAACAAGAGCGUUAACGCUGUGGAUAUUGCAGUGUGCAACGAAAUAAUAAAUUGAGAUCAAUAUCAAAAGCUGUUCCCUUUUUUUUUUUUUUUUUUUUUUUUUUUUUUUUUUUUU